AUGGCGUCAAGUAGAUCCUUCUGGUUCAAAUUCCGUAACAGUGGCAAGUCCUCCCUGCUGAAUGCAGUCCUCCAAAACCCUCAGCUCUGUCGUGUUGGACCGAAGCCAGGCAAGACAAGCACUAUGCAUGCGUGGAGUUUGAGCGCAGUCGAACUGGAUAAAAGAGGAAUCAAAAAAGUGAAUAAUGGUGACAGAGCGCCCAAAUUGACCGUGCUUGAUACACCUGGCUGGGGACAUGGCAGUCACCAUGAGUGGGGAGAGCAGAUUAUGAAAUACCUUCGGAGUCGACGUCAGCUUCGUCGAGCUUUUGUGCUAGUCAACCCCAAGCAUGGACUGAAAACAUCCGAUUUGCAGAUACUCGAGCUCUUGAAGACUCAGGGAAUAUCUCAUCAGCUCAUCGCCUGCAAGUCUGACUCUCUGUCGGCUACCAACUUGCGCGAAGCGCUCUACGAGAUCGAGAUGCAACUUGAAACGAAAUUUGGCGAUAAAGCUAAACGACAUGGACCUACGAUCCUGACCAUCAAUGAUAUCCUUGCAGUCGGUGGUCUCGGUGACGGCAAGUCCAACAAAAAGCUCAACGACAGUAACAUGCGUGGUGUGCAAGAAGUGCAAUGGGCCGUACUUCGUGCUGCGGGAUUAGAACAAUACGCCAAAUCUAUUCUACAAAAUGGAGGACUUCCUCCUAAACAGAAGAUGCUCAAUAGCCCGCAAAACGCAGUCACAGUCUCACCACGAGAGGACGUCGAGGUGGCGCCGUUGCAGCUUGCAUCGGUUGCCAGCAGCAAAGAACCACCGCAACGACCAGUUCAGCCGAAACCUGCACCCAGUAUAGGCAUCGGUAUCGAGGAACUUAUGGCAAUGACCAUACCCGCUUCAUCUGGACGUCCUACUGCGGGACCAAGCCCGAAAGAGUCGUCCACGACAGGUGUAUCCACUACUCGCAGACAGCGCAUGAGAGCAGGGGCCAAAUGA